CGCACCCCGGACCCCUGUGCCCUCCCAUCCGCGCGGCGGAUCCGGUGGAGAGGCUGGCUCAGCGCAGGACUUUGUUCCGAACGUUGCUCCCAGACCAGCACCUGUGCCCACUGGGGCUACGAGCCAGACCACUCCCCAAAGGAAAGUCCCUUUCAACUGAUUGGCUACUCACGGCAGAUCCCAUCAUGGAGGUGAUCACACCAUCAUACGAGUGCCAAACUACAUCAUAACUGCCAAACCACUGAGGAUCACGGCCCAGCCAAGUUGACACACAAGCUUGGGAGGAAAAUUAUAAGGAGCCAUGGAACAUCCAUGCCAUGACUGGAACUGCUGGUUGACAGUAUGGCUGUGGUAUUUGUUUGGGAGCGCAAAUGGAGCCGUAGUAACGAGGAACUCCAGACCCAAUAUUGUGCUGCUAAUGGCAGAUGACCUUGGGGUGGGAGAUUUGUGCUGCUACGGUAAUCACACAGUGAGCACACCUAAUAUCGACCGCCUAGCAAGCGAAGGAGUCAGGCUCACCCAGCACCUGGUGGCCGGGUCUGUGUGCAGUCCGAGCAGAGCUGCCUUCUUGACGGGCCGGUACCCCAUCCGAUCAGGAACGGCCUCUCCCUUUAAUCUGAACCGUGCCCUCGCCUGGCUCGCUGGCUCGGGUGGUCUGCCUACCAACGAAACGACGUUCGCCAGGCUGCUGCAGCAUCGGGGCUACCGCACUGGACUGAUCGGAAAGUGGCACCAGGGCCUGAGCUGCGGCUCCUGCAACGACCACUGCUACCACCCGCUCAACCACAGCUUUGACUACUUCUAUGGGCCGCCCUUGGGCCUGCUGAGCGACUGCCAGCCCCGGCAGAGGUGGGAGCUGCACCGCGGCUUACGCCUCAAGCUGUGGCUGUCCACGGCAGCUCUGGGCCUGGUGCCCCUGCUGCUCCUGGUCCCCAAGCUGGCCGGCUGGUUCCAGGUGCCCUGGAAGCUCACUGUGGUCUUCAGCCUGCUUGCCUUCCUCUUCUUCAUCUCCUGGUACUCGAGCUAUGGGUUCGUCCGGCCCUGGAACUGCCUCCUGAUAAGAGACCAUGAGAUCAUCCAGCAGCCCAUGAAGGAGGAGAAGGUGUCUUCUCUCAUGUUGAAGGAAGCACUGUCCUUCAUUGAAAGGUAUAAGCACGCACCGUUUCUUCUCUUCGUGUCCUUUCUGCACGUCCACACUCCGCUCCUAACCAAGGAGAAGUUUGUGGGACACAGCAAAUACGGAUUAUACGGGGAUAACGUUGAAGAGAUGGAUUGGAUGGUGGUGAAAAUCCUGGACGUCCUGGACCAGGAGCGCUUGACCAACCAUACUCUGGUGUACUUUACCUCGGACAACGGUGGCUGCCUGGAGUGUCAGGAUGGGCCAGCCCAGCUGGGCGGCUAGAACGGAGUCUACAGAGGUGGCAAAGGAAUGGGGGGCUGGGAAGGGGGAAUCCGUGUCCCAGGAGUAUUCCGGUGGCCGACCGUCCUGGAGGCUGGGAAAGUGAUCGAUGAACCCACCAGUCUGAUGGAUGUUUACCCAACGUUGUCCUAUAUUGGCGGAGGGAUACUGCCCCAGGACAGGGUGAUUGACGGCCAGAACCUGAUGCCCCUGCUGGAAGGCAGGGUCUCCCACUCGGACCACGAGUUCCUCUUCCACUACUGUGGGCUCUACCUGCACGCAGUGAGGUGGCACCAGCGGGACUGUGCUACCGUGUGGAAGGUGCAUUACGUGACUCCAAAAUUCCACCCGGAGGGAGCCGGGGCCUGCUACGGAGGUGGAACGUGCUCGUGUUCCGGGGACGUCAACUACCACGACCCGCCACUGCUCUUCGACAUCUCGAGGGACCCUUCAGAAUCUCGACCUCUUAACCCUUACAACGAAGAGCACUUCGACUCUGUGAUAAGGAAAAUCGAGGCUGCCGUCAAGGAACACCAUAGGACCUUAACGCCUGUACCCCAGCAGAUGUCCCUGUUCAACAGCGUCUGGAAACCAUGGUUACAGCCCUGCUGUGGGACGUUUCCUUUCUGUGGGUGUGACAAAGAGGGUGACAUCAUACCCAUUGCUCAGUGAGUGGCAGGGGCUACUUGUUACCAACCAUGAAGUGACUGUUAAACAAUGCUCACAGGAGCAAGCCUCGGCUGGCUAUUCAAUUCCAUUUGAGAUCCCAAAACGUGGCCUAAACCAUACUCUUCUCUCUCAAAUUUCAAGUCUUCCUUUGAGUCAUGUCCAAGAGCUCAAUGAAACAAAAGUUGGUCUGUAGCAGGGUGAGCCCAGAGUGUAACAUUUACUUUAUCAAGUUUAUAUACAAUCAUGUCAUUGGUCAAGGACAGAUCGAGGUGACCUUCUGAAGAUUCUAGCGGACCCGGGGUUCUUAGAAGCUGCCUUAUAGAUGUAGCAGGUCCAGUGUUAUUGAUUUCACGUGGUUAAGUUAGAAAUUCCUUCCUGUAUGUCCUAAACCCAUGCACGCUCCUUUUUUUUUUUUUUAAUUAUAGGGCACCAAAACCAAACCAAACCCAUUGCUGUUGAGUCAAUUCCGACUCAUAGCGACUCUAUAGGAGAGAGUAGAACUGCCCCGUGGGGUUUCCAAGGUGUGGCUGGUGAAUUUGAAUCGCUGAUGUUUUGGUUAGCAGCCAAGCUCAUUAGCCAUUACGCCAUCAAGGCUCCAAAUUAUGGAAUACACAAGUUGAGUAUCAAUGGACAGAAAUGGCCUCACUGAGUUUUUUUUUUUCCUAGAGUAAUUUCUUCCUUUUUUUCAUUGUGUUUUAGGUGAAAGUUUACAGAGCAAAUUAGUUUCUUAUUAAACAUUUAAUACACAAAUCAUUUUGUGACACUGGUUGCUGUCAGGGAUUGAAUUAUGUCCCCACAAAAAUGUGUGUGUCUAUCAGUUGGGCUGGGCCAUAAUUCCUGGUAUUGUGUGAUUUUCCUCUAUGGUGUAAAUCCUGCCUCUGUGAUGUUAAUGAGGGAGGAUGGGCGGCAGUUGUGUUAGUGAGGCAGGACUCAAUCUACAAGAUUGGAUUAUGUUUUGAGGCAAUCUCUUGAGAUAUAGAAGUGAGAAGUGAGCAGAGAGAUAGGGAGACUUCAUACCACCAAGAAAGCAGCACCGGGAGCAGAGUGUAUCCUUUGGACCCAGGGUCCCUGUGCCUGAGAAGCUCCUUGACCAGGGGAAGAUUGAGGACAAGGACCUUCUUCUACAGCCGACAGAGAAAGAAAGACUUCCCCUGGAGCCGAUGCCCUGAAUUUGGACUUCUGGUCGACUUUACUGUGAGGAAAUAAAUUUCUCUUUGUUAAAGCCAGCCACUUGUGAUAUUUCUGUUAUAGCAGCAUUAGAUAAGUAAGACAGUUGCCAACCCCGCAGUGUGUCAGCACUCUCCCCUUCUCAACCUCGGGUUUCCCAUUUCCAUUUGUCCAGCUUUUCUGUCCCCUCCUGCAUUCCCAUUCUUGCCCUUGGGCUGGUGUGCCCAUUUAGUCUCAUAUACAUGGUUGAAUUGCAAGUAUUAUUGUUUAUUUUAUAAAAAAUAGGCCUGUCUAAUCUUUGGCUGAAGGGUGAACCUCCGGAGUGACCUCAUUACUGAACUGAAAGGGUGUCCGGGGCCAUACUCUCAGGUUUUCUCCAGUCUCUAUCGGACCAGCAAGUCUGGUCUUUUUUUGUGAGUUAGAAUUUUGUUCUACAUUUUUCUCCAGCUCUGUCCAGGGCCCUCUACUGUGAUCUCUGUCAGAGCAGUCGGUGGUGGUAGCCGGGCACCAUCUCGUUGUUCUGGACUCAGUCUGUUGGAGGCCGUGGUGGAUGUGGUCCAUUAGUCCUUUGGACUAAUCUUUCCCUUGUGUCUUUGGUUUUCUUCAUUCUCCCUUGCUCGUGAUGGGGUGGGACCAGUAGAUGUAUCUUAGGUGGCUGCUCACAGGCUUUCAAGACCCCAGAUGCUACUCACCAAAGUAGCACAGACACACUCGUUUUGUAAUAAAUCUCAAUAACCACUUCAUUUCGGCAUGAAGCAGACAGUGUACAUAAAACUUGAGGUAGUGAAAUGGUCAUUUUCACUCCUUCAGUUCCCUUCUUUUCAUCUUUCGUCCUCUUUCCAUUUAACAAGCGUCUGCCUCUGGGUGGAAAUUGUGACUGCAGACCUAGGGUCUGCUUCCCGAUAGCCAUGUGAUUGAGGAGAAAUCUCUGCAUCUUGGUUUCCUCGUGAGUAAAGUGUGGAAAAACAGUGUCUACUCUGUGACAUUAUCAGGAUCACUUGUGUUAAUUCGUGUGAAAUUAACUCAUGCCUGGUGCAUAGUAAGCACUCAAUAAGUGUAAUGAUUAUUAAUGUUCUUGUGGUUGCCAUCGUUGUCGAUUGUUGUUAGCUGUACUUCCUAAAGGUCAGAAUAGGAAGAACGGGGAAGAGGCAACAUGUACAGAAAAAUGGGGAGAAAAUGGCUGAUUUUAUGCUUUUUAAUUGUUGAGAGGUAUUCAGGAAACACAUUCAGGAAGUCAUUCUAAGCAGAAUAAACACAACUAAAUCCAUAAUUUGAAGCAUGAAACUGCGGAACACGAAAGACAAAUAAAAGAUCUUCAAAUCGGUCAGAGAGAAAGGACAGGUUACCUACAAUGCAAGAAGCAUUAAACCAGGCGAUGGAAUAAUCUGCUCCAAGUAUUGGGAGAAAACCAUCAACCCAGAGUUACAUACCUAACAGAGUAGAACUGCCCCAUAGGGUUUCCAAGAAGCACCUGGUGGAUUCGAACUGCCGGCCUUUUGGUUACCGGCCAUAGCUCUUAACCACUACACCACCAGGGUUUCCAAGCUAUUCAGUAAUGAUGACGAAAUGUUUAAAAACACAGAACAACAAAAAGCAGUUUUCCGCCACGCAGCCUUAGAGUAACAAUUAGCUAAAGGAAUUUCUGAAAAGAGAAGGGACGCAAUUCCAGAAAUGGAAGAUCUGAAAUGUUAGAUGAAAUGGUGAACAGAGAAAUUGUUAAACCAUGGAUAACUGCAAACAAACAUUGUCUUUAUAUAUAUAAACUGUCUAAGUAACGUAGAAGUUAAAUAAACUAAAAUGCACUGGAAAUAAUAACUCUUUUCAGGAGGAAGGCUACAAGAGUUAAACUCUUCUGGGAUGGGGUCAGGGAAGAGAUACCAAUUAAUCUCAGAGUUUUUAGAAAGACACGUAAAACUACAAGGACAGAAAACACAGAUUGUAUGAAUUUAAAAUUUAUGAAUAUAAAUUGUUGUUUUUGUUGUUGUUAGGUGCCAUUGAGUCCGCUCCAGCUCAUAGCGACCCUAUGUACCACAGAAGGAAACACUUCCUGGCCCUGCACCAUCCUCACAAUCGUUGUUAUUCUUGAGCCCAUUGUUGCAGCCAAUUCAUGUCAGUUCAUGUCCUUGAGGGUCUUCCUCUUUUUUGCUGACUCUCCACCAAGCAUGAUGUCCUUCUCUAGGGACUGGUCUCUUCUGAUAACAUGUCCAAAAUAAGUGAGACAAAGUCUCUCCAUAUAUAAACUAACAGAAUGUAAAUAUAAACCAACAGAGUGUAUAAAACCAGUACAAUGUAUAAAAUCAGGACUAUAAAUAUAAGCCAGGAGAAUGUAAAAAUUUGUAAUGUAUAAACAUAAACCAGCAGGACAGAGAAAUGUAAUAAAGACCACAGGAGAAGCGAGACAUAAAAAUGCAUAUAAAAUAAUACAUUUCGUACUCACUUCUCAGGACUUUACCUUACUAGA